GUAAAACCCUCUUUCCUCGUAUUCUCUAUGUUCAAAAUAUAUAUAUAUAUUAACGUUGUUUGUUGAUAACAAUGAUUUUGCUAUUAACGGUAAAGCUAGAAUUCCAUACUAUUGAUCUCUUUAGAUGGAUGACUAGAUGGAAGAAGAAAGAUUGAACCCAACAAACUAGACGAACUCUCGACUCGUAGGAAACUCGCGCAUGACUAAAAGGAAAACUCUUUAAUGUGUACACCAAAAAUGGGUUUAGCAUACGCAUCUUGGUACUCAAGUAAUUAAUAUUCCAAUGAAGAAGGGAUAGAUGGACUCCUUCUUGAAGAAAACGAGGAAGAGGAAGCUAAGGAAGAUGAUCUCAGAGGAUGAGGAAAUUUGAAAGAACAUGGAAUUAGAAGCAAAUAUUGCUGAUGUAGACACUGAUGAAGUUAAUAAGGCAGAGGAAUAUGAAGCUUGGAAGGGUAGAGAAAUUGCUAGGAUUAAGAGGGACAGGGAGGAAAGAGAGGCAAUAAUGUUGAAGGAGAAGCGAACCAAAUGGACCCGUGUUGUGAAUGAAGAUGCAACCGAUCCUGACAUUCUAUGGGCCUACAAAUACAAUGAUCCAAUUCGAGCAAAGUACAUUUCAAAAAUGGCAGCGAUGAAUGCACCCAUGGCAAAAUCUAAAGGAAUCAAGAAGUCGAAGGAUUGGGAGUCCAAAUGAAGUUGAUUAGUAGUCCAACCGAUUGAGCACAUUCUGAUGCAUAUAAUACCUGCCCUCUUGAUCCUAUUGUAGACAAUUGUUUUUAUAAUUUUCUUCCCAACUUAUUAGUUACUACAAAAUUUAUAUGAAUAAUCAUAGUUAGGACCA